AUGAUGUCCUCUUACUACCACACUGCCAAGGAAGCAGACAUGGCGGCCAUGACUGAGCCGCUCUGCCUAGAGAGAGAUGUUUGCAGGGUGAUCGAGCUGCUGGACCGGCUGCAGCGUAGCGGUGAGCUUCCUCCCCCCAAACUGCAGGCCCUACAGAGAGUCCUACAGAGCAAAUUCUGUGCCGCCAUCAGAGAGGUAUACGAGCAGCUGUAUGACACUCUGGACAUUGUAGGAGGACCAGAGGUGCGAGCACAGGCAACAGCAAAGGCAACAGUGGCUGCCUUCGCAGCCAGUGAGGGUCACGCCCACCCACGGGUGGUGGAGCUGCCCAAGACGGAAGAGGGUUUGGGCUUCAACAUCAUGGGGGGCAAAGAGCAGAACUCCCCCAUAUACAUCUCCAGAGUGAUUCCUGGGGGGGUCGCCGACCGCCAGGGAGGGCUGAAAAGAGGAGACCAACUGUUGUCUGUCAAUGGAGUGAGUGUUGAGGGAGAGCACCACGAGAAGGCUGUGGAGCUGCUGAAGGCUGCGCAGGGUUCAGUGAAGCUGGUGGUCCGCUACACCCCGAAGGUCCUGGAGGAGAUGGAGGCUCGCUUUGAGAAGAUGAGGAGUGCCCGGAGACGACAGCAGCACACCAGCUACUCCUCUCUGGAGUCCAGGGGCUAG